AUGGCGGAGGAUAAGUCCGGUAUUUUGUAUCUCUUUGAUCGACCUGCUGAGCCGGUUUACGUCCCCAAAGGAGAGAAGAAAGUCGCUUUUGAUAUUCCAUCUGACUAUUUGCCUGACAGAUAUCGUCCUGUGGCUACUCAAGUGUUCAAUCGUUUCGGUGACGAUGCAGACACAAAACUUCAAGUGAAGCAGAUUACACUUCCAGAUCUUAGCGUUCCGAUGCAACUUGGACGUCAUCAAGCAUUUUCCCUGUUUAUUCCAUCGCAUCGUAAAUUAGCUGCACGACUAAUUGACAUUUUUUUGGGUAUGAGGACAUACGACGACUUCUUAUCUAUCGCGGUAUACUGCCGUGAUCGUUUGAACCCGAACAUGUUUAUUUAUGCCUUGUCGGUGGCGAUACUUCAUCGUCCUGAUACAAGGGACCUACCAGUACCACCAUUGACCGAAGUAUUUCCGGAUAAAUACAUGGAUAGUGGAAUAUUUGCUAGGGCCAGGGAGGAAGCUAACGUCGUUCCUGCAGGUGCAAGGGUACCAAUUGAAAUUCCACGAGAUUACACUGCAUCAGAUCUUGAUGAGGAGCAUCGCGUCGCUUAUUGGAGAGAAGAUGUUGGAAUCAAUCUUCAUCAUUGGCAUUGGCAUUUGGUCUAUCCGGCUGAUGCGAACAUUAAUAUUGUUAACAAGGAUCGACGUGGAGAACUCUUUUACUAUAUGCAUCAACAGAUCGUGGCUAGGUACAAUUGCGAACGUCUCUGUAACCGACUUAGUCGAGUGAAGCGAUUCCUCAAUUGGCGUGAACCGAUUCCAGAGGCUUACUUCCCAAAGCUAGAUUCCCUGGUCGCCAGUCGAACAUGGCCAUCCCGAACGGGCGGCGCAAUCCUGAAAGACAUCAACCGACAAGUGGACGAAUUGAACUUCGACAUCCAGGAUUUAGAAAGGUGGCGCGAUCGUAUCUAUGAAGCGAUCCACACGGGAUCUGUGAUUAAUGCAAGAGGCGAAAGGAUUCCCUUGACCGAAAAAGGUGGCAUCGACGUCCUUGGAAAUAUGCUGGAAGCUAGCAUUUUGUCUCCUAAUAUGAAUGUCUACGGUGAUCUUCAUAAUUUUGGUCACGUCGCCAUUUCUUAUGUCCACGAUCCCGAUCAUCGUUAUUUGGAGAGUUUUAGUAUUAUGGGUGAUUCGGCAACUGCCAUGAGAGAUCCUAUAUUCUAUAGAUGGCAUGCAUUUAUUGACGAUGUCUUCCAGGAACAUAAAAACACGUUACCUCAGUACACCGUACAGCAGUUGGAUUUCUCAGGUGUUGAAAUAACGGACAUUAGACUAACAACCAAUCAGCAACGAAUGAAUGCGACGCGAAAAAGAGGCACCGUCCGCAUCUAUAUAGCGCCAAAACAGGAUGAACGUGGACUACCAUUUACAUUCAGAUCUCAAAAGAAUUUAAUGAUUGAAAUGGACAAGUUUACAGUAAAUCUUCGUCCAGGUAAAAAUACAAUUGAACGCAAAUCAACAGAGUCGGCAGUAACAAUACCUUUCGAAAGAACUUUCCGCAAUUUAGACGAAAAUAGGCCAACAGAAGUUGGAGCGUUGGAAGCAUUUAACUUCUGCGGAUGCGGAUGGCCACAACAUAUGAUCACACCGAAAGGAAACAAGGAAGGCUUUCCAAUGGAAUUAUUCGUUAUGGUGUCUGAUUAUACUGGUGAUGCUGUGGAACAAGAAGACGCGACUGGUUGCAAUGAUGCUGCAAGUUUCUGCGGUUUGAGAGAUAGAAAAUAUCCUGAUGCACGUUCCAUGGGAUAUCCGUUCGAUCGUCAGCCUCGUGCUGGUGUUGAAAAUUUGGCUCAAUUCCUUACUGGAAAUAUGGCGGUAACUGAAAUAACUGUUCGCUUUUCGGAUAAAGUUGUACCCAGAUCAAGAACCGGAAGCAUGGGAAACACGUUAAACUUUAAUUAAUGAUUU